CAAUGGAUUUAGUGAGAUGUAAGACCCAGUUUUGAUACAGUAUGGAGUUGGUUGAGUAAACUUAAAACUUCAGAGUUCUCUGUUCAUAAAAAUGGCACGUCAAUCUCCAUGUAAUGCAAACAGUUAACCAGAGCUACACUUCUUUAUCAUUGCUCAUUAAUCCCAGGUAGAAGGAAUAUAUAAAGCCCUGAUUAUAAUCUAAAUCACCCAAUGAUAAUGAGAAAGGGUUGCAUAAAUUGUCGAUUUGCACACUGUUCAAUUUUACUUUCAUUUGAAGCCAACAGGAUGUAAAUUUGGUCAAUAUGUGAAAUGGGCUCUUAGCCUGAAGGUGCUUAUUUUCCACCCAGCUGCUUAGGUUAAGACCAAGAUAUAUGGAUGUCCUCAGCAGGCAAGAAACUCAUGGUGGUGUUGGUGGGGGGCACUGAAAACUAAAUCAGUGCUGAUUCUCUAUCCCAGGAUAAAGACUGUAUCCUGACAGUCUUGAUGGUGAUGGGUGUACCCACAGUAAAGAGAAAAUCGCAAAACUACCUGUUGGGCACACUGAACUCCCUUAUUUAUGAGCUGUCUCCAGAGGAAAGGAAAAAAUGUGUAAUAGUUGUAUUCAUUGCAGAGGUGGAAGAAGGUUAUGUAAAUAAGCUGGUGGAACAUUUACAAAAUACGUAUUCCUAUGAAAUACAGUCAGGACUUCUUGAGAUCAUCUCCCCUUCUGCUAAUUUUUAUCCUGACCUCUCAAAUCUGAAGGAAACGUUUGGAGACACCCAACAGAGAGUAAGAUGGAGAACAAAGCAGAAUUUGGACUACAGCUUUUUAAUGAUGUAUGCUCAAGCCAAAGGAGUUUUCUAUUUACAGUUGGAAGAUGAUAUUAUAGCAACGCCCAACUACUUGCAAACUAUGAUAAACUUUGCUGAACAGCAGCCUUCAGGUGACUGGCUGACCUUGGAGUUUUCGCAACUUGGAUUUAUUGGAAAAUUGUUCAAGUCUCCUGAUCUGACAUUUGUCAUAGAAUUCAUUAUCAUGUUCUACAAGGACAAGCCGAUAGAUUGGUUACUGGAUCACAUAUUGUGGGUGAAAGUAUGCAAUCCCGAGAAAGAUGCUAAACACUGUGACAGGCAGAAAGCCAAUUUACGAAUCCGUUACAAACCUUCCCUGUUUCAACAUGUGGGAACUCACUCUUCGUUAAUUGGGAAACUUCAGCCUCUGAAGGACAAAGAUUUUAAGAAAGAAUUGUUACACAAAGGACAUUCAAAUCCGACUGCCGAAUUAGUGUGUAGCUUGAAAAUCUAUCAACAACACAGUCUCGAAAAGGCCUACCAAGGGAAUGAUUUCUUCUGGGCAUUUACUCCAAUGGUAGGGGACUUCAUCAAAUUCAGAUUCUAUCAACCACUGAAAAUUGAAAGAUAUCUCUUUAGAAGUGGCAAUAUGGAACAUCCAGGAGAUAAAUUUUUUAAUACAACAGUGGAAGUUCUACCAGCUGACAAAUCUGAAUUUGACAAGAAUUUUUUGCACAAAAAUAUAACAAAAUAUCUCAAAUACCAAGAAACAGAAGAUGGCUACUACAGAAUAGGUGAAUUUAGAAAUGGAAUUGCGGAAGGUGAAGUUGAUGCAUCGAUUGGAAAAAUUGAGGCUAUUCGACUGUUCGUUCUUUCCAAAUCCCCUGUUUGGGUUUUACUGAGUGAGAUAUUUAUUAAGCCAGCUGCAUAAAUGCAAGAAAGAAACUGGGCUUCCCAACAAAAGUGCAACUAUUUCUAGUGCCUCUUCAAUAAAGUCUGCCUGAUGGAUUUCCUCAACAACUGCACCACCUAGUGUGGUAAAAUAAAAAGAACAAUUGAUUGAAAAUCAACAAGGGACAGAGCUAAUAUAAAGGAUCACGGUGAUGGAACACUGCAGAUUUGCAAAGGUUUGAAUGAUCUUUGACCAAAACAAUUUAACUUUAUUUAUUUAAUAAUCACAUUGUUUUUUACAUGAAAAUAAAUAACAAAAUUCCAUUUUAAUGAAAACUUCAGUGAAGUUGAAUUAUGGGUUUAUAAAUGCAUACUUAGUGUAGAAACAAUAGGUAUGCUUGGUAACUUUAUGUAAUUGGCACUAAGAUAAAUAAUUUAAAAUUAUAUUACAUUAAGUUGAUUUGAUAAUGGUCACUUCUAAUCACAAAGUAUCUUUUAUUUAUUGGGUGGGAGAAGAUCUCCUUUCCAAAGAUUUGGUUUAGCACCUCCUUCCACAAUUGGAUUGUAGCCCUGAGCUAUGACAUUCUAUGAGCUGACAAGGUGUCCCUUGGCUUUUAUAUCUUCCAGAAAUAAAGCACUCUGCUGUUACAUCAAACUUUAUUUUAAAUUAAACUGCCAAAGAAUUCACAGUAAACAGACACAUGAAGUUUGUUGUUUAAAUGUUAUUCAAAGCUCGGAUCCAAACUUGAUGAUCGAAGUUCUACAUGUUUCAGUUAGAGCAAAAAAAGCUAAUGAAGGUAUAGGACCUGAAAUUCUGAGACUUCAGCCAAAAGAACUUCAGGACCUAAUGAUCCAGAUAUUCCAAUCAGGGUCAGAAAUCCUAUUCCGCACCCUGAUCAAGUUACAAAUUAUCCACUUAACUUGAGAAGACUCCUGCAUUGGAGAUUCCUGGACAAGAGUUUUCUGUUAAGAACUGAUACCGGAAUCCAUGAACCUAGCAGUACAGAAAAUCUUUGUAGAAACCAAAAUCUUUGCAGCAGUCCACUCGGGAUUGCUCAACGUUGCUCACCAUCUUGCUUUCGUCCCUCUAAUCCCUUUGCCACACCUGUUCUGACCCCUUACUGCCUCACUUGGCACUCCUCUUCGAAGUCCUCAAUUACCAUACAGAGGGCAGCAAGGGAUUGGGGACAAGUGGCAAUCUUGAAUUUUUGAACGCUUGGGUAGCAGCAAAGGUGAAGAUGAGUGAAGGUGGUGAACAGGAACAUGACAAUGACUGAACUGUUGGGAGAAACAAUACAUACCAGUGGGUUGAAUUAAUGUUCCUGUGUGGUGGUGGGAGUUAAGUGGUUAAUCUUUCAAUGCUGGAAGAGGACUGGCACUUAAUUACACUCAAACUAUCUUGUUGCUACAGCAACAUUAAUUGAUGAUUCUGUUUUCUAAGUUUUUUUUAUUCUAAAAUUCAAUUUGGCUUGGAUUUUAUUAAUAUAUGGAAUGCUGUUUUUAGUGCCAUUUAUUUUUUCUUUUCCUUUAAAAGGUAGUCAUCAUCAUACCAUAUUUUUUCCUUUUAAGAUCAUUAUACCAUUAUUCUGUUAGAAAAUCAUGGGAGAGCAUUUGGUUUAUUCUUCACAAUAGCACUUUGUAACUGAACCGCAGGCAUGAGCUUCAAGACUUGCAAUGUAAAUUCCUUCUGCAUGUCUUCUCUGAGAUGAGCAUAUAACAUUUAACAGCUCAUCAAAGGACCAAUAAAAUUUGUGUAAUGAGGAUGAAAGCAUGAAAUCCAGAAUUACAACUUCUUUGCAAAUACUCAACUUAAGAUACAAGGCUACCUCAACUGCUUGUUUUAUUAUUUAAAAAUGCCUUUCACAAAUACCCAUCAAUUUUGUAUAGCAGCUGUUGAUCUUUAGUCUGGUUAUAAAUGGUUAAAUUUUGGUUUGUAACAAAAUAACUAUUUGGGUGCCUUGAUGGCAGUGGUAACAUUAUUGUAAUCAGAUAGCGCACAAAGUCGAGGAUAUAUUUUGCUCUACGGAUUAAGUAAAAGCAAUAUUGCUGUAACAAACUUUAAUUGGUUCAUUUUGCUUCACUAGGAGAGUGCUUUAUAUUUAAACACAGAAAAAUGUGUUCCAUAGUCUGGAAGGCAUAAUAUUGGAGUCAAUAGUAAAUCUGCCCAUUUAACAGUAACAUUUGUCAAACCUUCAACCAAAAAUGUAUGGCUGGAUUCUCCUCUCAUACCCAGAAUGAAGCCAAGCAAAGACAAUGGUAGAGAAUUGAUGGAAAAUUAUUGUGGUGCCUCCUUCAGGCAACAUAUCUCACCAAUGCACCCCUUUCCCACAACGCAUCAACAUACUUUGCAUAUCCCUCCAGUCCCCACCAGAAUACUGGCUGCUCCACAUUUGCUAUGGGGAGAGGGGACCAACUAUUUUGUGUACUUUUUGGUAGAUACACAUUACUUGCAGUAAAAGGGAUGUAGCAAUUUCAAGGCACUUGUACAAAGGUUCUCUCUCAUCAUUGUGCCCCCAAGAAUUAUCCAUGUCUUCACAGGAACAGAGAUUUCUCUUUUUUGCUGCUCCAUCCUCUACGGUUGCUACACUCACAAUCCUCUGAAAUAACAACGAGUCUGCCUUCUUCUGUAGUGGUUGUAUUCAUUUUAAUAACAGCAAUCCCACCAGGAAUCCACCCUAUAUGUCAAUUGAUUGAAGAGAAUGGGUCAGGUUUACACCAGUCAUACCGAUAGGUGAAAGAUGCACCCAACUGCAACAGCACUGCUGGGAGAAGUAUGCUGACUGUAAUAUCAACUCAGAUAUUUGUCUGUUUACACUUUAAAGGAUUUGUGCAAAUUUUUAGCUUUUGUGUUGGUGGAAUAUAUUUUUAAUUUUGUAGUUAGUGGAUGAUAGAAAUGUUAAAUUGAAUAUUUUUGAAAAUGAAAAAAAUAAAAGCAACCUGAUACAUCA